AAAACUUGGUUGUACUGAGAAAUCUUUUUUAUAAAAAGCUCUAAAAAGCUUCUCCUCUCAGUGCUGUAAGUGUCGAAGCUGGUUCAGGAUCAUGGAGGAACUGGCCCGGGAGAGCAUCAGCCUGCUGGCCCGGUCUGCGUCUCAUGCAGACCCUCCACGACUGGGGUCGUUUGGUGCUGUGUUCAUCAUGCUGAAGUCUGCGCUGGGAGCCGGACUGCUCAACUUCCCCUGGGCUUUCGAGAAGGCGGGGGGAGUGAACACCGCCAUCAGUGUGGAGCUGGUGUCUCUGGUUUUCCUCAUCAGUGGUUUGGUCAUCCUCGGGUAUGCAUCAUCAGUCAGCAGGCAGAAGACGUAUCAGGACGUGGUGAGUGAGGUGUGUGGACGAGCUGUGGGUCAACUCUGUGAAGUCUGUUUCUGCUUCAACCUCUUCAUGAUCUGUGUCGCCUUCCUGGUGGUGGUGCAGGACCAGCUGGAGAAAUUGUGUAUUUCUCUAUAUGAGACGGUGACUGGGUCCAGUGAGGCGGAGAUGCCAUAUCACUGGUACACCGACCAACGAUUUGCCCUCUUCAUCAUGUGCCUCGUCAUCAUCCUCCCUCUGUCCAUCCCAAAAGAAAUUGGCAUCCAGAAAUACACGAGUGUGUUGGGGACGCUGGCUGCCACGUAUCUGUGUGUGGCAGUGAUUGUGAAAUAUUACCUGAUGGACAGCCACACUGUUAUAAUAACUCCAGAGCACAGCCAAGGUGUUGGUUCAUGGGCUUCAAUGUUCAGUGUCGUCCCGACCAUCUGCUUUGGCUUCCAGUGCCAUGAAGCCUGCAUAGCAAUCUACAGCAGCAUGGAGAACCAGAAGCUCUCCCACUGGGUGAUCAUCUCUGUGCUCUCCAUGUUUUUCUGUUUACUUAUCUACACUCUAACCGGUGUGUACGGCUUCAUGACGUUUGGACGUGAAGUCGCCUCAGAUAUUUUGAUGUCAUAUCCAGGAAAUGAUGUGGUCAUGAUCAUUUCUAGACUACUUUUUGGAAUUUCAAUUAUCACCAUCUAUCCUAUUAUUCUUCUUCUGGGGAGAUCUGUCAUUCUGAACCUGAUGCUGCGCAUUCAAAGGCGCCGUAGAGGAAUCGUCACUAAUUCAUUUGAGAGUCGCUGCAGAGUUGUUCUCACUAUCAUCUGGAUCAGCAUCACUCUUCUCAUCGCCAUGUUUGUUCCUGACAUGGGCGAGGUCAUCAGUGUCAUUGGAGGGAUCAGUGCCUUCUUCAUCUUUAUCUUUCCUGGUCUUUGCUUAGUAUUCACAAUGCAAACUGAACCUGUAUCUCCAAGAGUCAGGUUGCUUUUAACAGUUUGGGGAGUCAUAACUAUUGUAGUUGGAGCCUUCAUCUUCGGACAGAGCACAACCAUCGCUGUCAUGGAGCUUCUCAACAAAUUCUGAACUUCACAUGACGAUCUGCAGCAGCUGUGACUUCUGAGCGGCUCGCUUCUUUUGCACAACUGAAAGGUGUUUUUUAACUGUAUAUAUCAAUGUUAUGAAGGUCAUAUGACCUGAAUAUAAAAUAGAUUUACUAUGCGAGAAUGUUAUAAUGUUCUUUGUGUGAUGCACACAUAUUAAUGUACAAUUAUAUAAUGUCAA